AUGGAGGCGGCGGAAGGCGGGUUGACGGCGUACGAGCGCCUGCGCCAGCAGAUCCAGGAGCGCAAUGCGGCCAAGCUCCGCCAGCUCGGCGUCACCGCGUCCGCGGAAGAUCUCACUACCGCGAUCGCCGCCAAGAAGCGCGCCGCCCCUCCCCGCCCCAAGCCCCACUCCGCGGAACCUCAACAGACCUUGCGCCGAUCCCUCCGGAAUCGCGGCAUGGCUCCGGAAAACGCACCUGCGGAUGGCGAGGGGGACGGGGGGGCUGUUUCCGCCAGCGCUGGCGCUGCCAUCGCGGAAGAGGAUGCGCGGGAAAGGCAUUUGCCCGCGCGGAGUUUGAACCGCGAGGCGGAGGAGGACGCGGCGCUCAUGCGCGUGUUGCGCGCGCGCAUGGUCCCGCGGGGCUUUGCGCUAGAGACAGAGGAGACUGAGCGACGGCGUGGGGGGCGUGCGGCGGUUGCCUUGUCCGGCAAGCGAGUGAAGGGGCGAGGAACAACGGGAGGGAAGGGAGAGCAUGGCGUGAAGGGGACUGCUGUGAAGGAGGAGGUAGGGGAGGAAGGGGCGGAGGGUGAGAGGAUUAGAGAGCAGGGGUGGGUUAGGGAGGCGGUGGAGAGGGGGAGGUUGCAACUGGCGGAGGGCGAUGUGGUGAAGCUGACCAAGGAGCGCAUCCACAAUGUCAUCAUGCUGCCCUUCCGGUAUGCUGCCCUUCCGGUAUGCUGCCCUUCCGGUAUGCUGCCCUUCCAAUAUGCUGCUCUUCCAGUAUGCUGCUCUUCCGGUGUGGUAGAUGCAGGUUCCAUAUCUUGA